UGUUGCUCAUCAUCAUCUCCAUGGCAUCGCCGGAACAGCUCGCGGAGCUAGGCAUUGCCGCCCCAAGAAAGGAUCACGCGUCCCGUCUCCUUCCACCCACACCCCGCGCUACAUAUCGCACACUCCUCCACUGCCUCCGCUUCAUCCGGGAUCCACAUAUUUGGCUCAUCGCCUCCAUCCGCUUCCGCACCCUCCUGCACGAAGCGAACAAGCAAUUGCCAGCACACUUGAAAGAUGGGAGUCCAGAGCUCGAGGUGUGCAAGGAGCAGCGUGAACGCGCCUGGAAGCAUCUUAAAACAGAGCUGAACGAGGUGCGCGCGGCCUCGGCAUGCCACCCGCACGCGCUCACGCGACUGAUCGAGGAAUGCUACGGUGUUCGGGGACGAGUCAAGUGGGAACUCAUCAAGAACGUGACGCUAAGUACACCGUUGAAACGCAACGAGUGGCCUCAAGCCGUACUCGACAAAGUCCCUGACCCGGAGACGCGAUAUCCACCGAUGACUCUGCAACCGCUGCCCCCAUGUUUACGACCGCUGUCGAAGAAGCGUCCCGACGAGCAGCCUGUCCCGCGAGCACGCACCAUUCUGCCACCCGCGGCAGUGCGUCGCGUGGCGCGCAAGGACUGGGAGUGGGCGUGGGCGAACGUCUCGGUUCCCGUGGUCUUUCCGGAGAACGAGGAUGGAGCUGCCACAGGUUGGGAAGGGAAGGGCGUGAUUGAGACGAUGCGGCAACUGGCUGGACUUGAGAGUCCGCCGGCCGCUCCUACUCCGCCGCGGCGAGCUGGGGUCGUCACAUUACGAGGCCCAAGAGAUCCACCACCGUCGUUCCAGAACCUCCCUAACAGCCUCCAGGCCGCCUUCCCUCGCCGCAGUCCUAGAUCAUACCGCCCACUGCCGCCGUUCCCUCCUCCUCGGGCGAGCCUUACGCGCUCGAAUCCUCAGACCUGGAAGUACCCGCGCAAAUUGACGGCGCGUCUCAUCCGGCGCGUCUACAAGAGCGUUUGGGACCGUCUGGACUGGGUCGCCAAAGUACCCCUCCGGAAGAACUCUGCGGGCGUCGUGAUCGGGGGAUGGCAGCGCAGCGACUCCGAGACAGUGCUGACCGGGAGCAGCCGCGGUGGGCCUGCUGAGUGGCGCGACGCAUCGUCGCGCUGGGUAGAGGCGGGGGAGGCGGAUCUGAAGUGGCUCACAGAGGACGAGGUGGAGGGCAACUGGGACGCGAAACGGUUGCGGGCGGCCAAGCAAAAGGCCGAGGCAAAGGCUGUGAAGCGGAAGGCGCCCAAAGACGCCGAGUCGGAGUGAGCAAGCACAUCGAUCCUUACACGUGUAUGCAUAUAUGGCCUCGGCCACAGCCGAGGCACUUCAUUCUGAGUAAUGCAAGUCCGAGGCGCCGACGGG